AUGUCUUGGAUUACCGGCCGGACAAAGCACAGCGACGAGGAGGAAAGUAACCUUGGGGUUGAUUGGAUUCUGCAAUAUGAUUUCAGCGAACUCGAUCAGACGGAAGCCAUUUCAGAAUAUCGCAGCCUUAUCCAGGAUUUGACUAAAGCGGGCCUUCGAGUACAGGUCCGCCAUGGCCAUGGCUCAACGUUGCUGGUGUGCAUUCAUGUACCCCGAGAUCGCCUAGGGAAGAUGGUCCACCAAUCGAGAAUCAAAGAUUGGCUAUUUGGCAUCACACAUUCACUACCCGCCGGUCACGAAGACACCGUUGCCGCUUCCGAGACGCCCUCGGAGGAGAUUCGAUCCGUGUUUCAUGCUGUGACCUGGCCCGCCAAGCUGGGUGGUGCUGGGAUCACUCCGGGGGUAGGGAAAUGGAAAAACAUCACAGCGUCAUUCCCAUUGCAUGAUCGAGACGCCUGCUCUGAUUUGAUGAGUCAGUGGAACCGAAAGACCAACCUUACUAUGCAAGAUUUGGAUGCUAUUCGUGCAUUAUUUGGCGAGAAGGUCGCAUUCUAUUUUGCCUUUAUUCACUGCUACUCGCUAUUUUUAUCAUUUCCCGCGGCGCUAGGUAUACUCGGAUGGUGGUUCCUCAGUCCAUACUCAAUUGUCUACGGGAUCGCGCUCUGUGUUUGGUGCGUGGUGUUUGUUGAGUUUUGGAAAAUCCGGGAAUUGGACUUGAGCGUGCGAUGGAAUGUCAAGGGAGUGGGACAGCUCAAGGUAAACCGCGCGCAAUAUCGAUGGGAGAAGGAAGCUCAAGAUCCGGUCUCGGGCGAGAUCAAGUAUGUGUUUCCAGCUUGGAAACAGCUCUUGCGCCAACUUCUGCUGGUCCCAUUUGCAAGUGUCGCCAGUAUUGCUCUCGGCACGCUGAUUGUGGUCACAUUUGCCAGUGAGGUCUUUAUUUCCGAAGUUUAUAAUGGUCCUUUGAAGGGAUACCUCGAGUUUAUUCCGACGAUUUUAUUCUCGCUCUCUCUGCCAGCGAUCACCUCCUUUCUCACGGGUAUCGCCAAACGACUGACCGAAUACGAGAAUUACCGCACACAGGAUCUACACGAUCUUGCGCACACCCAAAAGACCUUCGUCAUGCAUUUCAUCACUUCUUUCCUGCCGACCAUUCUCACUGCAUACGUCUAUGUGCCCUUGGGUCAUCGCAUUGUCCCCCAAUUGGAUAUCCUAAGCCGGUUUGGAAUCGAAACAUUCAGCAACAAAGAGUUCGAGGUGGACACCUCUCGCUUCCAGGCUGAGGUCAUUUAUCUCUCAAUGACCGCUCAGGUUUUUAGCUUCAUGGAGGAAAUUGUGGUUCCUUAUGUGAAACAUGUGCUUUGGCAGAAAUGGCAGGAUUACCGCCAGCACAAGGCCGGAUUGAAGCGGCAACGAAGCUUUUCCAAAGCGACCGACCUACUGCUGAUGGAUGCUCCUCAUGAAGCAGCCUUCAUGCGUCGUGUUCGUAGCGAAGCUAGUGCUGAAGAAUACAAGGUGGAGGACGACAUCUUGGAGAUGUGCGUGCAAUUUGGCUAUCUGGCACUGUUUGGAGUCGCGUGGCCACUGGUCCCGCUCGGGUUUUUGCUGAACAACUGGCUUGAGGUUCGGGGUGACUUUUUCAAACUGACCCUGGAAUGUCAACGUCCUCCCCCAGUGCGAGCUGAUUCGAUCGGGCCGUGCAUCCUUGGUCUGGACUUUCUCGCCUGGCUGGGCACCUUGUCAACAGCAGCCAUCGUGCACCUCUACCGGGGGCCCAUCUCUGAGGUUCGCCUUUCGUCAUUGCUGCUCACCAUCUUCGUCGCCGAACAGGCGUACUUGGGCAUUCGGUUCACUGCCACCUCUGUGCUUCGGAAAAUUCUCACCGAUACUCUCCGUCACGAGGAAGCUAGCCGAUAUGCGGUGCGCAAGGCCUACCUUGAGAUGCAGCAGUCACGCUACUGUUCACCUGACUCCCCGAGGCGGGUACGCCAGCGUGUGCGUUUCCACGAACGUGUAGACGUGUACAGUAGUGACACCACCGUCUCACCGGAGGGGUCUCCUUCGCCGACCAGGGAGCAGCAGCAGCAGCCCAUCAAUGAAGAUCUCCGUGGCUCCGACCAAGAAGCCGAUUUCUGGGAUAGCCAGCACUGUGAUCCGACUGACGCGGGCGUCAAGAUCAUUCGCGCGUUGAGUCAACCUAGACAGGAAAAUAAAGGAGAGAAGGGUGCGUGA